AAAUUGACAGAACACUAUAAAUCAGCUAUAAUGGAAAAAAUAAAAAUCAUUAUAGUUAAAAAAAAAAGAAUUGUAGUUUCUUACCAACCUGGAAAAAGAAAACCAUGUACUAAAUAGCAGAGUGAUUAUUUCUGGGUAGUGAAAUUAAGGGUGCUUUUUAUUUUCUUAAUUCAAGUUCUGCUCCUUACUGGCUGUGUCUCCUUGGGAACAUUGCUAAACCUCUCAGUGUUUUGGUUUCCUUAUUUUCAAAAGAUGGGUAAUAAUAGUACUCACAUCAUACAGUUGUUGCAAGGAGUAAAUAAAAUAAUCUAUGCAAGUGUUUAAAAUAGUGCCCAACCUACAAGUACUUAAUAAAUGCUAAUGAUCAUUACCUCAAUAUCAUUUUAAUUUGCAUUGAGUGUGAGCAUAUGUCCAUAUGUUCAAAAGCCAUUUGUCCAUAUGUUUAAAAACCAUAUGUAUUUAUCUAUGAUUUAUCUACCCAAGUCCCUUGCUUAUUUUUCAAUUGGCUUAUUUUCUUAUUGAUUUGUAUGCACAAGAUAUACAUGAUUUUUGAUUCCUUGUUUUGGCCUGUUUUAUCAUCUGUUGGACAAAGAAUAUAUCUUAUUUUUACAGAGAGAAAAGUGUGGAUACUAAAACUUGCUGGAAAACCUUGGAGGGCCUUAGCAGACUUUUUCCUUGACUUUACUUGUUCCUAAAUACACCACAAACUCAUCUGCUAACUCUACCACCAUCUCAAUGGUUGUUUCUUUGGGAGGCCAACCUACUUUUAAGGACAAAGGGCAAAUUCCAUACUGAAGCAUUCAUGGCCCCAAUCUGCUUUAAAUUCCCACCUGCCACUCUUCCCAAUACUCCAACCAUUUAAUUUCCUGGGUAGGUACACACCCACAUACCUCUGCUUUCUUUACCUGUUGUAACCUCUGCCCCCCUUUUCAUUGCCAGUUGAAAUCUUCAUUUCAGGAUCCCCUCCUGAGCACUUUCCCAGAUACCAGUCCAACUCCUUCAUCUCUCUUCCUCCAACCCACCCCUGCGCCAGCUAAUCAUUCACUCUCCCAUGCUUCCAAAGAACUUUGUUCUCAGCCCUGCUAGAGCACUUGACACCUUGUGUCAUCAUUGUCCAAGUGUUUGUCUAACACUCCAGACUAUGAACUAGGACAAGCCAUAGGUCUUAGGUACCUGUGAGUCCCUAAACCUUAACACAAUUCCAAGCACACUGUACUCAGUGACAUGUACUCGGUGCUUGAUAUGUACUUAGUGAAGGUUUGAAUGACCAGGGUCUGGAGCGUUUGUCCUCUAGCUUCAAGUGCACAGCCCAGUUUUUCAUGAUGUAAAGAAAAACACUUACAUGACUUUUGUUCUGUAACAUGCUAUUUCCUCCAAAGUAAAUAAUCAUCACUUUCCUAUUGAAAGUUCUGAAAAAAAAGAAUGGAUGGAGACAUGAAGGAGGUAAAGAAAGCAGAAAUACUCAUAGGAAAAAAAAAAAAAAAACAUCUACCUGGGAGUAUGUGCUUCUGCUAAGGAAGAGUGGAGGCAGCCCUAUCAUAGUGUGCAAUAGAUUGGCACCCUCCUCACCACAGGACUUCCGUCACAUCACCCAGGUCUGCCCUCUGGCCAGAAGCAACAUCUGCUUCCUUUCCCUACCUCAAGGCUCAGGCUUUUCUUACAGCCAGGGACUCUAUAGGGUUACGAGCACAUUUUAAUAGGGGCCAUAUGGAGAUAACAUCCUGCCUUUACUGUCCUCAUUCAGGGCAUGUUGCCAUCUUUUCAGUCCAAGUCCUCCCUCCUCCAGGAAGCCUUUUCGGAAAAAAAGCCCAAUUAUGAUGCCUCCUGACUCACUUGGUUGAGUCAAUCUAUUACAGUGUAAAGACAGAAAUGAUUUACAUUGUCAGUGUCCUCUAGCCAAAGAUCACAGGAACAUGCCUGUAGUUGAGUAAGUUGGGUUUAUUAUUCAUUACAGUGAGGGAGAACACACACCAUGGGGGAACCAUGUGAUGUCUCAAUAACAAGUGUCAGAGAAUCUAUUAUAUCAGUUGGGGGUUGGCUGAGUUAUUUGGGGGAAGUUUUCAAGGAAACAGGGGUUUGCUAUAGACUAGAUGACUUUAGAUAGCUGGGGUAAUGCUGUGAUCUGUAUUUGAAUAAAUCUUAUCUAUAGGGAGAGGAAACUAGAACCGGGACAAAGCUGUAAUUGGUAAAAAAAAAAAAAAAAGUGGUAGAUCCUCAUUUUAACCAAGAGAGGAGGAUGUUUAGUAAUGUGAGACCUUGUUUUUGUUCCUAUGUAAACAAAUUUAAAGUGGCCUUGUUUUGUAUACUUUCAUCAUGGGCUCAGAGUGACCCAUGUCUGAUGCUGGUGUUCUAUGACAUUGUUCAUGUCCAAUAGGAAAAUAAGAUGACCUAGCCGUGAGUGCUAGUCCAGCUCUGAAUGUCAAGGCUGCUGUUUUUUGUUUUUUCAUUCUCAACAUGCAGUCUUUUCUCCCAAAUAGACAGUUACCAGAGAUGAUGGCACUUGCAUCUCCAUCCUUGGCAAAGUCCUACCUGAGGCAUUAUAUGUUGGUGCUUAGUAAAUACUUGCUGAUUGACUAAGGAUAGGGAAGUCUAGUCUGGGACUUUGAGAGGCCCUCAACUCAUGGCUAUUUACAUUGUGCCUGAUUAAUGAAAAUUUAGCUAUCAAGUUUCUCCUGAAGCUGCAUGCAUAAGGUCUGUUUCAACUUUAAAUUAAAGGUCAGGAGGUUGGUCCUAGACCUGGCUCUUCCAUUAAGUGACGUGACCUUGGGGAAGCCAGUUAGCAGCUCUAGGUCUUUAGAGAAAGCAUUUUAAAAACAGUCCUCGAUUCAAUAUUUAAAGGCCUUUCCAGCUCUGAAAUUUUGGAAGAAUGUGUGCUUUUCUUGCAUCUCUUCUACUUUUAUAGAAAGUGCUAAAGGGCUACAUAUUAUGGGGGGCAUUACAUAACAAAUAGUGUUAUAGGUGAGCUGUGUAAAAUCAACUGGGAUUUUAAUCUUAACACUAUUUGUCACUAGUAAUUUCAAGUGGAUUAAGGAGUUAAAUGUAAACACUCAGAAGACCUCCAAAAAGAAGAAAGUGUAGAGUAUAUCUCUGGAUGAGAAAAUAUUUCCAAACUUACAAUGUUAAAGCCAUGAAAAAGAAAUUAUUAUUAGAUUUUGCAACAUAAGAAUGAAAGCUAAUACCUAGAAAUACUAACCAACUUAGAAGACAAAAGUCAGACUAGGAAAACAUUUUCAACUAUUUGCUGAAAUAUCCUGAUAUAAUCCCAUCUCAUUCCAUCUACCUAAUUCAAAUCUUGACUAAAUGCAGAGUAUGAACUCCAAUUAUAUAGAUGAUAAAACUGAGGCGUAGAAAUGAUAAGUAACUGUUCUGAGAUCACAUGGGGCCAGGGCAGGUUGGAGAAGGGAUGUUAAAAUCUACUCUAGACCUCAGAUUGGGAUUCUGCCUCAUCUUUGUUGUCUUUAUAGUGAGGAUUAUGGAUUAGAGAUUUUUGACAUUGCUUUCCAAAGUUAAACAAAUGCCUUCCAAAUUUAAACCAGUGAUGAUACCAUGCUCCAUGCUUGAGGUGAAACCACAGGAAGAAUAAAAACAUUGAAAUUUGGUUGGUUUUGUAAUAGGAAAAAAAAAUCUCCCCUUACCAUCAUAGAUUAGUACUACUUUUACUAAAUAUAAUACCUAGAUAUUAUUUGCUGUUUUUUCAAAAAACAUUUUUAGUGUUACAAAACUUUUUAAAGAAUGAGUAUAAAAUAGCAGUUAAUUUCUCCAUAAUUUUCAGAAUUAGUUACAUUUGAGGUUUUGAUUAAACAGAUCUUGAAAUCAAUAAAAAGGCUCAGACUGUUGCCUCAGAAACAUCCUAGGAAGCCUGCCCUUUUAAUGUCUGACAGACUGUCAUGCUUAGCUCUUAGGAGAUGAUCUGGCCCUUUAAAAGAACGCUCUCUUUAUUAAAUCUUUGGAGGCUUUAUGGGAAUUUGUCCAGGUUCACUAUACACCUUAUAGCUCCUGACGUUUAUUACUUCAACAUUCAGUUCUGACUGCACCCGUUUCAAUCUUGUCUAUUCUUUCCCAAGUAUCCUUAGCCAAAUUAAAUCAUCCAAAUUCUUCUCUUGAGAGGUUUUUACUACCGUUAAUGUCUGAGCUAUACAACCUUUAUGACCCCGUCCCUAUUCACAUGACCCAUUACCAGGUGGAAAUUGGGGAGCCCCUCACAGUCAACAUGGCCCAGGGUGCCUUCAGAAACAGUUUUUCAGAAAAUCGCGAAAUCGAAAGGACAAGAGCCUUUUAGAACCUUUAAAGACCUGAACAAAACAUAGAGAACCCUAAGGUGUCAAAGAACCAGGAGUUGACCGUGAGUAACCCUAGAACCGUUGGGCCCUGGUUAUCCAUUGGACCCAGGGUAUGUCAAUCCUCACUUCUCAGCAAAUGAGCUUGGACCUCGUGACGAGGGGGCGUGGCCCUUUGUCUACUCUUCUGGCCCGCCCCCACCUGUGGCCUGGCCAUCUGCUGUCUGGUGCCCAGCCUCCCUGGGCCCUCCCUGUGUCAGCCUCCUGCCACCUGUGGUGGGGACUCCUCUUUUGGCCCUUCACCCGCCACCCGCUGCCCACAGCUUCCCCUCAGGGCAGCUACCUGGGUGGCCACCACCUUCGCCUGUCCCCACAGGCGAUCGGCAGGCUCCCUGUUGACGUCGAGGUAACUGCCUGGUGCCAUGUCGGCCGCGAGAGAUGGAGACCCGGCCUUGAGCGCGGCGGGGGAGGCCAGAACCAGCGAUGAGGUGGAGCGCGACACCGGGCCCAGUGGGGGCGACACGGCCCCGGGCCCUGGGGCGGCGGGAGUCGCGGGGGCGGAGGGAGGCCCAGGGGCGGUGGCCCUGGAGGGCGGGAGCGCUGAGGAGGACUCGGACAUCGGGCCGGCCGAGGAGGAGGGGGAGGGGGAGGGAGAGGAGGGUCUGGACGUGGCCGUGGACGCGCACCAGUUCCCCAUGGCGGGCUUCCGCAUCAUGUUUCUGGAUCUGGUGCACUCCCUGCUGCACCGCAUCUACUACAACGACCACAUCCUCAUCCGGCCUCGCGGCGGCCGCGUGACAGUGCACCCUCGGCCUCGCUCGCCUGGCAGAAUGGCCCUGGAGCUCCAGGGGCCCGAGAGGCCGGAAGAGGGGCCCACGGAGGCCGAGGCCACGGAGGAGGCGGAGGAGGAGGCCUCAGCCUGGGAGGCCGCCGAGGAAGAGCUGGCCGAAGAGGCCCAGGACACGGCCAGCGUGUGGCAGCUGGCCAUGGCGGCCCCUGACCCUGACGGUGAGCGGCGGGUGAAGGGCCAAAAGAGGAGUCCCCACCACAGAUGGCGUCCCCUGCCGCCGACGGUGAGCGGCCGGCGGAGCCUGUGGGAACUGAAGGCCACAGGGGCCCAGGGGGAGCCCAGCCCCCUAAGGGCCUUCACGGGUUCGGGGAACCUGCUGCCCUCUGCCAGCCCCGUCAGGGUUCCGAGAUUAUCCGUGCCACUCAUGAGCCCACAGGUCAAUGUCAGUGGAGGUGGGUGUUCGGGAGGGAGCUUAGGAGGAAGCGAAGAAAAAGGAACCCAUGCUGGGUUCGUGGCUUUAAAAAAAUAUCGGGAGUCUUAGAGUUGACCCCAAAACAUGAGGAACUAUGCGGGAGCCCCUGGUAAACGUGAAACAUUCAGGGGAUUGAGGAACUAAUGAGCUGCACCAUAGAAUUUGUCUUCAAGGCAAAAUAUUUUUGCAAGAAAGUUCUGACCAAAACAUACAGAGUGCAUCAGACCCAGACAAUUUGCUGCUUCUCUGAAGGGCCAGAAGUCAUCAGCUGCACAGGGUGGCAGAUUUACUGCAAAAAGAGAAAUAAUGUCACUGAAAACCAUCAAGCAGCAGAAAAGUGAGGGCCAGGGAAGUGUUGUAUCAGUGGGAAGGAGGGUGCCCAGCUACUCUUUCCUGGGCUGCUCCCAUCCUCCUGCUUCUGAGGGUAGACUACUGGGUAUCACUACUUGAUGAAUAGGGAUUUUUCGUCCUGUGUCUGGUCUCAAAAUCUGUAUUCUUCUUCUUCACCCAAGAAACAACAAAAUAUCAGAAUGGGAAAUCCAAUGAAGAGGCCCAAGGUGCUGAAU